AGCCCGAGCAAGAGGCCCCCCCCCAGCAAGGCGCGCGCGCCCGAGGCCGGCAUGCGGGGACCGCGCAGCUGAGCAUGUGCCCCCCGAUGCCUCCCGGCGCGAGCAGAGGAGACGAGCGGCCCGUCCCGGCAGAGCGGUACGUGUCCCCGGUCGUCGUGCUGGUCCUCCACGCGCUCCUGCUGCUCGACGUCGUGUCCCACCGCAGGCACCUGUGGCUGGCCCAGGGGCCGCGCGCGCGCGCUGAGCUGGCCUCCGCGGCCGCGGCGGUGCUCGCCUACCUCCGCACGGUCCUGGCGGACCCGGGCUUCCUGAGGCCGGAAUCGCAGCAGCCUCCGAGGCGGCCACCAGCCCUGCGCUGGCUGGGCGCCGCCUGCUCGGCGCCCUGCGCCGGCCUCCUGGCCCUGUGGCGCCUGGCGGUCCCGGCGGGCCGGCAGGGCGCGGCGCCCGCCGCGGGCUCGAGGGCGGCCGCGGCGGCAGACCCCCGAGAGCUGCAGCCCAUUGGCCGGUCGGCCCUGGACGACAUCGUCGAGGAGGGCAGCGACCCCGGCGAGGAGGUCAUCAACCUCGCAGACUUGGAAGGCGACACCGCCUCCGCC